ACACCAAAAUAGGACUACCACAACAUUAAAUUCUAACAGUAAUGAAAAAGUGUUAUGCUAAAUGUGUUAAAAUUAUAAGCGGGUUCACUCAAAUUUUGGGCGCCAUAUGUUUCCUUUUUCAUUUCUUUUUCUGCCAAGUUUAAAAGAUUUAUUUAUCAUUUUAUUUAAUUUUCUCUACAUACUUCAUCUUCCUCUGAGACCCAUCUCUCUCGGUCUCUCACUCCCCUCCAGGAAAGAUAAAUCCCAUUUAGAAUACUUGUAAACAACGAUUCAAAGAAAUAUGAGAAGGCUACAAAGGGACCAAGCCAAAGCAAAUCUUCUCAUUACGUCAACCAUUGCUCCAAUCUCUCUCUUCCUGGUACUUUUGACCCUUUUCUCACAAACCCAUUUCUCUUCAUCCUUCAGGGUCCUCAUAUUGAACUCUGACCAUCCAUUCACUCCCGUCCUAUCAUCAAUCUCAGACGUCCACGACCUCCUCCCCAAAUUUGGUCUCCCAAAGGGUCUCCUCCCCGAUUUCCAAUCUUACUCUCUCUCAGGUGAUGAUAGUUUCGAGGUCGAGCUCAGAAGCCCUUGCUAUGUGUACUACGAUAAGAAGAUUAUAGGGAAAUUGAGUUAUGGGUCAGUUUCUGAUGUGACUGGAAUUGAAGCCAAGAUGCUCCUUUUGUGGGUCUCUGUGACUAAGAUUCAUACCGAUAAGGGCUCAGAUAGCAUCAGAUUCUAUGUUGGAUCUUUGUCUGAGGAUCUUCCAGCCUCAAAAUUUGAACAUGUUCCUGACUGUAAGAGUAAGGCUUGCAAAUCGACCAACCCAAAAUCCAUUUGAGU